CCGUGGGUUUGCCGUCGAUGGUCCGGAAGGCAGUCCGAACUGGCUUUAAGUCGAAGAGUUAAACAACCUCGAGUUCCGCUCCUUCUCACGGUUCAUCAAUUAAAUUUUAUAACAUGCAUCCACAGCACCCUGUCAUUAUAGACUGUGAUCCUGGCAUUGAUGAUGUUCUAGCUUUGAUCUUGGCUUUAAGGUCGCCUGAGUUAAACGUACUGGCUAUCACCUUGACGCGCGGAAACACCACGCUUCAAAAUGUGAAGCGCAAUGCGGUCACCACCCUUGAUGUCAUAGCCGCCCAGUAUCGCCAUGAUUCAACAGAGGGUUACCAAGGUCACAAGCAGUCGCCCGUGCUCGCGGUCGGCUGAACCCUUGUCUGUGACCAUCAUUGCCAUUGGACCACUGACCAAUUUGGCUUUGGCUAUUCAGCGAGACCCAAAGACAUUUUCUCGCGCCAAAAGCGUCGUCAUCCUUGGCGGUGCGCUUGUUGCAGGAAAUGUCACACCUUAUGGCGAGUUCAACUUUGUAGCGGAUGCCCUUGCGGCUGAUUUGGUCAUGAGCACCAGCAAAGGAUUUAAUCGAGAAGACAACUCACUUCGAGCCAAUCUGAUCUCCCAAGGCGAGGUGGCGCCAAUGCAUAUUGUCGUACUACCCAUUGAUCCGGCUGAAUGUGGGUGUAUCGACGACAAGGAUUACCAGAAAUACAUUUUACCCCUCCGCGGUCAAGGUCCGCUCAAUACCUUUAUUAACAGCUUUCUGAUCCAUGCCUUCAAAAGCAUCCAGGAAUUGUACAAUAUGGAUUACAUUGCUGCAUACGAUGCUUUUGCAGUGCUUCUAUUCCUUGACAUCGUCAAUGGCGAUGUGGAAAAGUAUUGGACAUGGAAAUGGUAUGAUAUGAGAGUGGAGACAGCUGGUAAAUAUACAAAAGGCAUGAGUUGUAUUGAUCCUCGUGCCUGGGAAACGCCGGGAGGUGUUUGGAACGAUGAGCCCAACGUUGUGCAAGUGAUCACUCAAGGGAAUGGACAUCACUUCAAUCACGGGUUCUUUGAGCGUGUAUUCAACAUUGCCUGGACCAAAAACUAAACAGU